AUGUCAGAGACAGUCCGCAAUUUCUGCUUGGAUUCAGACGACAGAGCGUUCGCCCGAGCCCGCAAUGCCCGGCUGAUCAUGAGUAACAUUGUCCCGGACAUGAUGUCCGGCGAUGAGAAGCCUUAUUGUAUUUGGUACCCAGACGUCGCUAGCGAGGAAACCUACCGGGUAUUGUUGACGCGCUACCCCGAUAUGCUAUAUCUUGUUGGGCGGGCGUGCGCAGUCGCCGGGUAUGCCGAUCUGUACAGUGAGCUUGGUCUCCUCCCCGAGGUCUCUAUUGCCGAGGAAGCAAGGGACAAUUCCUCAAACAAUGGAUCCAAGAUCAUAUUUGAUAAUAUCAUGCUUCAACCUGUCUGUUACGCCAUUCUCGAUGACUACGCCCGUUCAAUCAACUCGGGGAACCCAUUGUCACCUGCGUUCAUGAACGGCGAUACGGCAGUGCGGUCUUCUUUGGAUGUUCGACUUGGCUUGAAAGAUUACAAGGAGUGGGGAAAACAUUAUUUUAAUAUCGCCGAGGACUUCAAUGUCGAUGAGUUCUCAUCACAGAAGACCAACAUCGAGGAAGUCGCCCCCGAGCAUAUCGCGCUCUUUUACACUCCCCUCCUCUCGCACCUACCGACUACCAACAAGGAUCCCUUGGUCCUUAUGGCUGCUUAUGAGGGCAAUAUCGAGCGAUAUGUACGCCUCCGCCGGCCGAAGAUGCUCCAUGACGAACAAGCGGCCGUAAUACGCGGCAUUUAUAACAACACCACCUUUGCCAAGUGGUGGUCUCUCCAGAAAAUAGAUUAUGGCAACUAUGCAAUCAAGACAGCCGUUCUGGCCCGAUUCAUCAUGGUCAACGAUCUGUCUCAUAUCGAACCUUACACCCCAACUGAAGCCGCCAUGCCACAUUUGAUAUGGUGGCCUUUGCUUCCUGCGGAAGUGACGUUGAGAGCACUCGUCCGCCGACGGCCUGAUAUGAACUUGCAAGUCGCCAUGGCGUGCAUCGCGGGCGACUACAGAGAUCUCUGGAACGAACUUGCGCCAAAGCCAUGCUCGGAGCUCCUGGAACAGGCAACACAGAAGGAGGAAAGAAGUCCAAGGUUCCCGCAAAGCCCGAGAUACCCAGACAGCCCCAACCGAAAUUACUACGUUGAGUACCUCGAGCAGAGAGCUAGAGAUCUUGGCAUGGAACCCAUUGAUCUCCCGCGAACAUGUUCCGAGUGCGAGGACGCGGUGGUCCGCGAUAAAGAGCCUACAACAACAUUUCUUGACCCGUGGAUAAUCGCUCGAAGGUACGCGAUCGUGGACUCUAACCCCGACGAGUGCUACUACUGGGGUGCCGGCGGGCAACCCAAUGCCACCAGUUGGGAGCUGUGUAUUUGCUCAAGUGAGGAGAUGAGGCAAGAGGCAAGAGUUGAGGAGGGCCUGAUAUUGUAUCGAUAG